AUGGUCACCAAACCAUUUACUACGUCCUGCACCAUAGAAGAUGAAUUGCUCUAUACUUUGGUUAAAUUACGACUUGGUCUAGUUAACAAGGACAUAGCAUACAGAGCUAAUAUUGAUAAAGGUUUGUUUUCUAAAAUUUUCCACCGAUGGCUAAACAUUCUUUACAGAGAGUUAAAACAGUUGAUUAUAUGGCCUGAUUCUGAAACACUGCGUAAAAACCUACUGAAAUGUUUCAAUGAAAAAUAUUCUCGUGUGGUGUGCAUAAUAGACUGUUUUGAAGUGUUUAUUCAAAGACCAAGGUCCUUUGAUGCUAGAGCAGCUACUUAUAGUAACAACGAAAAGCACACUACCAUAAAAGUUCUAAUUGGAAUAUUGCCAACAGGUGCCAUUUCUUUUAUCAGUAAAGCCUGGGGAGGAAGAGCAUUGGAUAAGAUAAUUACACAACAAAGUGGAUUCCUGACCAAAAUCAAUUAUGGAGAUGUUAUAAUGGCCGACAGAGGCUUCAAUGUCUUUGAUGACAUUGCAACUAUUGGUGCACAUUUGGUAAAUCCAGCCUUUACCAAAGGCAAGAAACAACUUUCUGGUAUGGAAGUGGAAACAUCUGGACAGAUGUCUUGA